AUGAACACUGUACCAGCCGACUCCCCAGGCAACGCCUACUACCCAGAUAGCCCGCCCAUGCGCCGGCCGGCGAUGCGGUUUCUCUAUCGCCUUGAGUGCACCAUCGCACCCGAGGAAAUCAACAUCGGUGCCCCUCACGGCGCAGGAAUCAUCCGGAGUAUUGCGAAUAUCACCGGUGGCACAUUCAAGGGGCCUGGGCUCGAAGGCACUGUACUCGCACUUGGAGGAGCGGACUGGGCGACCGUGAUUGAGGGGACGCAUUCCAUGACCCUCGACGCGCGAUACACGAUCAAGACAACUGACGACCAUCACAUCCUUGUGCAGGCCCAUGGGCUCUACCGACCAGGCCCAGGGACAGCCUACGCGAAGGGUGUUGCAGCAGAUCCGACGAUGCGGCCACCGCCGACUGUAACGCAGGAUGAGGUCGAGUUCUUUUCCCACCUACGCGUUGAGGCGGCCGGGAAAUACAACUGGUUGAAUGGGUUGGUCUGUGUAGGGGUUAUGACGUGCCAGGAUGAUCGAAUCAUCAUUGAUGCUUAUUAUUUAACGAAUUUCGAGGGGGCGAUGCCAGAGGACGUUGUUGCGAGGCGCGGGUGA